AUGCAAACUCAAAACUAUGACCAAAUCUCUCAAAAAUCUUUCCAAAGCACCAAACAUGAAGAUAGAUUCUUCAAUAGGGCUCUAUCCAAAGACCUUAAUUCCACCACCAACUCCUCUUUUAGAGUAUAUUACGGCGGCGCCACCGGUGCAAUUCCGUUCCGGUGGGAGUCCCGACCAGGAACUCCAAAGCAUCCUUUUUCAGACACUUCCAUCCCUCCUCUUACUCCUCCUCCUUCUUACUAUUCCUCUUCACAUUCUACAUCCAAAGCCUCUUCCAAACCAACCCUUUUGAGCUCCAUUUUUCCUCGGCUCACACCGAGGAAAUCUAGAACCUCCUCGUCUUUCUCCUCAUCAUCUGGCUCCUCCUCUUCCUCCUCCUCUGCGUCAUGGUCGUCCUCUCGUUCAUCGUCCUCCUCAUCUCCCUCAGCUUUUGUUAGACCUAAAUUCUUCAAACGUCGUCGUCGUUUCUCGGAAUCUUCAAGCUUACCGUUCGAGUAUAGCUUUGACGACAACGACAGAGACGAGGUGGUGACCGGGAGUACUCCCAAUUCUCCAACAUCAACUUUGUGCUUUGGGGGUUGUUCUUCAAGUAGAGCUUCAUUGUUUGGAGGUUGUUACCAGUUAGUGAGUGUGAAGAAUGCUUUGUUGUCCAUUGUUGGCCAUGGAUCUGCAAGUAGAGGUACUCUUAAUAAUUAG